GCAACGUAACUUGACCGGGUUUUCUCAUCAAACACGGAUAGCGAGUCGCAAACAAGAAACAUUUUUUGCCAAUUAGAGGGAAAUUCGUGGUUCAUUAUCAGAAUUAGCGUGACAAACACUGUUCCUACCGCCCUUGCAUUUGUCAGUAUAGGUUCUUCAGAAUACCCUACGUCAGAGCUACGUCCGAUCAAAGACUCUGUUCCACAUAGCAUCCUGAUAUAUUGAGGACGUUUUACGUGUGGUUUGAUUCCGGAGAGCCCCGAGUAAUCACAGAAUAACAGAACCUAAAAACAGGGAAUAUGCCGUCAAAACUAUUGGUAUUCUGAUAGCCUGUGCGCCUUUACGUUGUCAGAUGUCAAGUGCUGAAAAAGGCGACUGAAUACACAAGUGUGUACUUCGCCAAGAGGAGUUAUUGCUCGACGCUUGUAAGCCCUUGAAAGUGCUUUUUUUGGCGAUAGGCACCAGCAUGGCCGUGUACCGUGUAGAUAGUGGACGGUCCUGGGGCGUAUGCUGUUGUGCUACUAUCGCAAACGGCCUGGUCCACUCAGUCGUGCUCAGCUUUGGGGUGAUGUUACCGGUCCUCAUUAAGGAGUUUGGCAUAAGUAAAGAGCAGACAGCGCUGGUAGGUGCACUGGCAUAUGGCGUUGGAUGCUUCACUGGACUUCUCGCUGCGCGCUGGUGUGAUCGCUUUGGACUCCAGCGGACUCAUAUCUUCGGCACUCUGACAUGCGCUGUGGCACUACUCUCGUCGUCAUGGGCAACAAGCAAUGCUAUCCUCUACUUUACUUACAGCGUCUUGUUUGGCCUGGGGAUGAGCUCCGUCUUCAUGCCCUGUUUCCUCGCUGUUGCUAAAUACUUUCGACGUCAUCGAUGUUCUGCGGUUGGCAUGGUAACCGCGGGCCCCGCUGCUGGGGUAUUAGUGAUGGGUCCUUCAUUACAAGCCCUGGUCAACGCCGUAGGCUGGCGACACGCCUACAGAAUACUAAGCGUGGUCUUUGUGUUGUCUUGUGCACUUUCGUGGCCAUUUCGAGAGGAGGCGCCCGACAAUGAAACACACGACGCUAUGGUUCAUGACAAAGAAGGGAAGAAUCGUGAGCAGCCAGCAAACAGAAAAUGUCGACCUGAUUUCACAGUCUGUAGGAUCCCGGCGUUUACAAUCGGUUUGUUUUCUAUGUGCUUUGCCGGUAUUGGGCAUUUCUCUCCACCGAUCCAUUUGGUGCAGUACUGUGAAGAGAUCGGCUUCUCGCCCCAGGACGCCUCCUAUCUCUUCGUAUCUAUCGGAAUCGGCUCUGUCGUCGCGCGGCUGCUCAUGGAAAAAGUUUGCGAUUUGCCUUGGGUGAGCCCGCUGUACAUGAAUCAACUUUCCAUGGUGUGCAGCGGUUCUGUUAUCCUCUUACUAAAUGCUCAAGGGGGGUAUAUAGUAUUAGUGGUCUUGACGCUAGUGUAUGGAAUAGCGGAUGGGGUAUACAUGACGACGUUUAACGUAAUAGUAGUCAACACAGUGAGCCAUGAUCAGAGAUCUCACGCGUUUGGAUUUGCCAACAUGGCACUCGCAUCUUGUGUUUGCAGCGGUCCCUAUUUAACAGGGUUGAUCGCCGAUCACUUGUCUUACAAGCAUUCUUUCUACGUGUCUGGCGGGCUGGCGCUGCUUGGAGCAAUGGUACCGUUCUCCUUAAAAGUCAUGGGAGGACGACAUACCACCCAAAGAGAAUUAGUCAAGCUGAACAAGCAACUGAGCGUCACGAAUAGCUCGCAAGUAAUGUACGAACGAGAGACGGUGCUUUGAAGGCCAGGAGACAUGAUGAUCUUGCAAGUAAUGUAACGAGAGACGGUGCUUUGAGGGCCCAGGAAACAUCGAUCUUGUAAGUAAUGUACGACACGGAGAAGAAGACAUGACGAGCUCGCAAGUACUGUACGGACGAGAGACAGUGCUUUUACGACCAGGAAACAUAACAUCUUCUAGUAAUUUUGGGACGAGCGACAGUGGUUUGACGGCCAAGAAACAUAACAUCUUGCAAGUAAUUUUUGGGACGAAAGACAGUGCUUUGACGGCCAAGAAAUAUAACAUUUUGCAAAAAAAUUAAGGGACGAGAAACAGUGCUUUGAGGGCCUUUUGCUAAGAAAUCACCAAGCGUCCUUCACUCAUAAAACCAACGCUGCCACUGCUUUUGUCAUUAUGUGCAGCAGUAGUACCCAGUCCUUGCUCGCCAUGAUGUGCAGCGACGUAAAAGACAUGUCUAUGGACAAUCACGUGACAGUCACUUUCACGUUUUAUUGGUUUUCGUAAAAUCAAUCUUUACAAAAAUAGACCUCUGGUAUUUUAUAUAAAGUACAAGUACGACUCAAUCAUAAUUUGUACACGAUGAGUAUGAAUAAAUGAAGAGGAUUUUUUUAUGAAAUAAUAUCCUUAAACCUAUACGCUAUAAAUUAUACAAAAAUGUCUAGCUGCCUUUCUUUAUAUUAUCUUCAUUUCUUGGAAAUAAAUUAUUGUAUCUAACGGGA